AAAGAAGAACCUGAUGCGUACACGGAAGAAGGAGGCAGACUGAGAUGUGACGCUGUUAAAGCUCCACUUUCCACUUCUCGAUCAUAGUCUGCAACGCGGAUUUUAACGUUCGCAUUGAUCUCUCAGUUCAGCGUGGUUUGCCUUCCUUUUCGAGCGCCAUGAGAUUAGUUUUCCUGGCAUGUGUUACGGUAGUGUGUUCCUCCAUGGUGAUCGGGGCUCCAGCACUUUCGAAUGUGGGUGAAGGUGCCUUAGUUUCAUCAAGCACUCACAGUGUCACACCUGAUCCAAAAGAUGUACCCGUUGACCCAAAUGUAGUCCAGAAUCCACCUGAAAAAAAGAAGGCCCAGACAGGCUUAGGCUCAAGGACUCAGGCUAAACCUCAGACACAAGGCCAGAAGCCUAAAGAAGGUCACGGUUUGUUGGAAGAAGCUGGCAAGAGCAAAGCAACUCAGGGGGCUUCAGAGACAAAACAGGAAAUCACAAAGGACCCAAAAUCAGGUGACCCUCCUAACAAGGAAGAAUCAGGAGGGCAGCAAGAGGAGGGUACAAAAUCUGAAAAAGAGGCUGCACAUGAGGCAAACACAGAGAAACAAUCAUUACAAAAGCCUGUAAAGGAGGACAAAUCAGAAGGAGAGCUUGGGAAGGACAAAUCAGAAAAGCAGCCUGAAAAUAAGGACAAAUCAGGAGGAGUGCCUGAAAAGGAAGACAUACCAAAAGGCGACCCUGCAAAAAAAGAUGAAUUGAAAGGAGAGGCUGCAAAGGACAAAUCAGAGGGAGAGCCAAAAAAGGAGCACAAAUCAGAAGAACAGACGGAAAAAGAGGACAAUUCAGAAGAACAGCCUGAAGAAGAUGACAAAUCAGAAGAACAGGCUGAAAAAGAGGACAAAUCAGGAGGAGUCCCUGAAAAGGAAGACAUACCAAAAGGCGAGCCUGCAAAGAAAGACGAAUCAAACGGAGAGGCUGCAAAAGACAAAUCAGAAAAACAGCCUGAAAAGGAGAACAUAUCAAAAGGCGAGCCUACAAAGAAGGACGAAUCAAAAGGAGAGGCUGCAAAUGACAAAUCAAAAGGAGAGCAUGGUAAGAAGUCAGAAGCGCACGAACCUGCCAAUGAGGCAAAAUCCGGAGGAGAUGAAGCCACUAAUAAAAAAAUGGGAGGCAACAAUCAGUAUGGUGGAAGUGACGAAGUCGAAAGUAGUCAUUUCUUUGCAUACCUGGUCUCUACGGCAGUAAUGGUUGCAGUGCUUUACAUCGCCUACCACAACAAGCGCAAGAUCAUUGCAUAUGUUUUGGAAGGAAAGAGAUCAAGAUCUGCUCGUCGACCAAAAUCCACAGACUACCAAAAAUUGGAACAGCAGAUGUAAUCGGAUGCCUUGAGACACUGAAUCCACUGUGGGACGGUGUGAGAUGAAGUGAGGAUUUGAACUGACGUGCAUUUUGGUUGUAUUCUGUAGAUGGAUGCGGAUUGCAUGACUAUACAGAUGACACUGUUGCCUUAUUGAUAGAGUAAAACACAGUGCUAGUUAAAUAUGCAUGCGGUUUUUGCACCUACGUCUUUAUUCCACUUUGAUGAUGAGAAACCAUGACUCAGGAUAUUUCAGUAGCAAAUGAAAGCUUUAUUUGUUUUCCGAUGUUAUUUACUUGCGUUGUUUGUACAGCUACGAUUGCACUGUGAGCCAAAUAAGAAACAUUUGGGGAAAAAUAUAUAUAUUUUCUUUUAUGCGGAGAAGUGUAUAAGAAGAGUUGUCGUUCACAAAGUCUGGAAACUAGCAAGACUCCAUGAUAAAAAGACCCCUAAAUGCAAUGUUUUAUUGAAUGAAAAUGUUUCAUAACUGACAAAUGUAGUUACUUUGCGAGAGUUGAUGCGCUGCUCCUUGUUUUUUUUUUUUUUUUUUUUAAUACAGUUAAUAAUGAAGUCGGUCAUGAGAGAGGAAGCAAGGUGGCUACCGUAAAAUCCCGAGGAUAAUGCACUUGUGUAUAAUAUGCCCCCCCCCCCCAUCACCCUUUAAAGUUUUUUUUUUUUUUUUCUCCUUGUCUAUAAUGCUAUCCCCCUAUUUGCUGGUAUAACUUCUUAUCAAAGUGAAUAUGAAUGAAUAAAGAUUUUUUUAAAAAUCCCAAGAAAGUGUAAAUGCUUUUAAAUCCAGGUUAAAAAUUAUGCUCUUUUCCCAUACGUAUGACGAAGGUAUUUUUAACAUCACGUUUUCAAAAAAACCUUGUUCUUAUACACUCUGCGCCCUAUAAAUAUUAGAAUUUAUUUUUAAUUGCUUUACUUUUAUUUUCAAUCGGUAACUUUGGAACUGCCUUUAAAUGUACUUUAAAUUGUAGUAUGUGAAUCAUAUUGAGUUACAUUGUGUAUGAAAUGCGCUAUAAAUAAAUUAUUUUUUCUUCUUUUACAAAACUUAGAUACUGCCUAGAUACUGGUAAAUGUCUAAAUGAUGUGAUUUUGUUCUUUUAUUAAGCCCCCGCUGAUAAAUAUUCUCAUAUAGUAUCGAGAGUAUUCACAGGAUUUUACUGCAGUUCCUUAAAUGUUUGAAUUGGUUCUGUAUUGGAUGAUGAUUAACCACUAUCCCGUUGAUCGCCACACAUGUAAAUUUGUAAAGAGAGAGGAAGCAAGGUAGCUAGUUCCUGAAAUGUUUGAAUUGCUUCUGUAUUGGAUUAUGUUUCCAGACUAUCCUCUUUUAAAUUGCACUGUUUUUCUCCCGAUAUUCUCUGACUUGCUUUAAGUCAAAAUUGAACUGAUUUAUUUUCACAA